CGACGACUUGCCCCAGGACAGCGAAGAGAGACUCUAGAGAGAGAAAAACACGAAAAUCAGGUACAGUAGAGAGAGAAAGAAGAGUGUGUGUGUGUACAGAGGAGCAGAGUGCGGGCAUUAAUGGCGGAAGGAACUAAAAAGGAGAAGAAGAGCGAAGAGAGCGUCAAGCUCUUCGUAGGUCAAGUGCCAAAGCACAUGACCGAAGGUCAUCUCCUCGCAAUGUUCACGGAGUUCGCCUUAGUCGACGAGGUCAACAUAAUCAAGGAUAAGAACACUCGCGCUUCUAGAGGGUGUUGCUUUGUGAUAUGUCCGUCGAGGCAGGAGGCUGAUAAGGCGGUCAAUGCCUGUCAUAAUAAGAAGACGCUGCCUGGGGCAUCUAGUCCAUUGCAAGUGAAGUAUGCAGAUGGCGAGUUAGAAAGAUUAGAGCACAAACUUUUUGUUGGUAUGCUGCCAAAGAAUGUCUCUGAAUCUGAAGUUCAUUCUCUAUUCUCUCAAUUCGGAACUAUAAAGGACCUACAGAUUUUAAGGGGUUCUCAGCAAACAAGCAAAGGCUGUGCUUUUUUGAAGUAUGAGACUAAAGACCAAGCUCUCGCUGCCCUUGAGGCCAUUAAUGGAAAGCACAAAAUGGAGGGGUCAGGUGUACCUUUGGUUGUCAAAUGGGCAGACACAGAAAAAGAAAGACAAGCUCGCAGGGCACAGAAAGUGCAAUCCCAAGCAUCUAAUAUGCCUCACAGUGAUUCACAACACCCUUCAUUGUUUGGAGCCUUGCCAAUGAGUUAUGUUCCGUCAUAUAAUGGAUAUGGAUAUCAAGCUGCAGGGAGUUAUGGACUUAUGCAGUACCGCUUGCCGCCGUUGCAGAAUCAGCCUGCAUUUCAUAAUAUCAUUCCUCCAGUAAACCAAGGGAGUGUGCUGCGUGGAAUUACACCUGACCUUGCUGCUAAUAUGGGCCCUAGAAAUUAUGCUAUGCCUCCUGCAAAUUAUGUAGGCUCUGCUUAUCCUGCCAUACCAGGUCUUCAGUAUCCAGUGGCAUAUGCUGGAGGGAUGAUGGGUCAUCGGCCAUUGGGUUCACCGGGUUCAGUGGCACCACCAAAUGCAAACAGUAAUUCUUCAACAUCUCCAGGUGGUGGUUCAAUUGCAGGGAGUCAGGUUGAAGGUCCACCCGGUGCAAAUCUAUUCAUAUAUCACAUACCUCAAGAAUUUGGUGAUCAAGAGUUGGCCAAUGCCUUUCAAGCAUUUGGCAGGGUCUUAAGUGCCAAGGUUUUUGUUGACAAAGUGACGGGUGCCAGCAAAUGUUUUGGUUUUGUAAGUUAUGACUCGCCAGCUUCUGCUCAAGCUGCCAUAAAUAUGAUGAAUGGAUGCCAAUUAGGUGGUAAGAAACUGAAGGUUCAGCUUAAGAGAGACAACAAACAGAAUAAACCUUAUUGAUUAGGGGUUGAGUUAGUCUUUGAAUGAAGCAGAAAAUGCUUGUCACAUGCAUUCACAAGCAACCUGGACAUAACAAUUGAACAUAUCAGCAAUUUGGGUGGAUCAAGAUAAUCUCUUCUUACAUAUGUCAUUCCAUCCCGCUUGUAAUUGCUUCAUGGGAUUGAAAUUCUUCAAACUUGUAAUUCAUGGUGCACUCUGUGCCUACACAAUUUGUAUUUUAUGUAUAAUUGAAGUUCAUUUAUUGAUUCUUCCUCAAGUAUAUCUAUUGGUGAUAUAAUUUGGUUAAAACAUCCAUAAAUGAGAUGUUUCCUA